CCUCGGGAAUGCUGCUGGUGAGUGGGAGGUGUGCGAUAACAAUAAAAAAAUGGGAAAGAUUGUGUUCUUUGAGGAUAAGAACUUCCAAGGUCGUAGUUAUGAGUGCAGCAACGACUGCCCAGACCUGCACUCCUACUUCAGUCGCUGUAACUCCAUCAGGGUGGAGAGCGGCUGCUGGGUGCUGUAUGAGCACCCCAACUAUGCCGGCUACCAGUACAUCCUGACCCCUGGGGAGUACCCCGAUCAUCAUCAGUGGAUGGGCUUCAACGACAGCAUCAGAUCCUGUCGCUCUGUCAAAAACGUGUACGGGAACUCCUAUAAGAUCAGAUUCUAUGACAGACCAGACUUUGCUGGCCAGAUGGCAGAGUGGACAGAGGACUGCCCUUCGGUACAAAAAGCCUUCAAGUUCUGUGAGUUCCAUUCAGCCGUGGUGGUGGAUGGUGCCUGGGCCAUCUACGAGCUGCCCAACUUCAGGGGGCGCCAGUAUUUCCUAGAAGGCGGAGAAUACCGUAACUUCACGGACUGGGGGGCCACCUCCCCUGUUGUAGGCUCCUUCCGCAGGAUCACAGAGUUUUAGAGCCCCGCCCCCUGCCCCAUGAGUAUUAAUUCUAGAGCCCUACGACAACCCGCUUUCCCACAGACCUCUCUGCUGUGCUGUAUGACUCCCGCCCCUGUGUAAAAAUUUCGCAAUCCAACAAAUAAAACCGUGUCUGAGCCGCA